AUGAAUUCUGAGAGUGACCCGAUGCUGGCAUCCGGCCUUAAGAUCUUGCAGAGUGGCGCGGAAAUCGUUGUCAAUAUCUGCCCCAAAGAUAUCCUGAUCAUCACACUCGGAUCUAUCUUCGCGGGCUCCACAUUGGGCGCGAAUUGCUCUCCUCCGGCACCGGUUCCCGAUGUCGAGGAGUUGAAGCUCGACGACUCGUGGGGCCUAUGGUGUAAGCUCUCGCAGGAACAUCCGGAAUUCGUAGAUUUGUCACCCUUUUGCGCGCGCAUCGCUGAGUCGACCAAUGAGUGCUUCCUUGUGAUGCUGAAUGGCUGGGAAUUCUUUGAGCGUUUUGCAUGCCUGGUGCACUCUCUACCUAGCACGGGUACGCUAGUGAGUUUCAAGGACAACAACUGGCGGUUGAGCCUAAAUGUACCACGGCAGCAGCAUUUCGACGACCAACCGAAAGUGCCCCACCGAUAUGGGGCUAUGCGCUGUCCCCAUCGCGGGAGGGAAACUUCAUCCGCAAACCUAUGA